AUGGCGGCGACUAUAGAAGAUUUUCCAGUUCACGCUUUGUUACCUAAAAGAGAAACGGGCUCUGAUCGUUUUCUUGCUAAGUAUCCAGAAUAUGAUGGACGCYGAGUUGUUAUUGCUAUUUUUGACACUGGCAUUGAUCCCGGAGCACCAGGUUUGCAGCAAACUUCAGAUGGUCGUCGUAAAAUUGUAGACUUGAUUGACACUUCUGGGAGUGGUGAUGUAGACACAUCAACAGUCUGUGAAGCUCAGGAUGGGUUGAUUACUGGACUGUCUGGCCGAAAACUCAAGAUUCCAGAAGAUUGGCAGAACCCUACUGGAAAAUAUCACAUUGGUAUAAAAAACCUUUUCAGUCUUUUUCCAAACAAACUUAAAUCAAGAAUACAAAAACAAAGAAAAGAGAAAUUAUGGGAUAUCCACCACAAGAGGCAAAGUGCCAAUGCAUUAAGGGAACUUGAAGAUUGGAACAGCUCCCAUCCAAACAGUACGCCAAACCAAUCACAGGAGGAAAAAUGGACUUCAGAGGAACUGCAGUCUAAAGUUGAAGUACUGAACACACUUGAAAAGAAGUUCUCGGAUUGUGGUCCUGCCUUGGACUGUAUUGUAUUUCAUGAUGGUACAACAUGGAGAGCCUGCAUUGAUACAUCUGAGACUGGGGACUUAAGUAGUUGCACUCUUCUUUCAAACUAUAAGGAAUCUGGACAAUUUUCAACUUUUGGAAAAGAAGAUUUGCUCAAUUACAGCAUCACUGUGUUUGAAGAAGGCAAAAUAUUAAGUAUUGUCACCAGUGGAGGGACACAUGGAACUCAUGUUGCAAGCAUUGCUGCAGGUUUUUCUGAUGAUGACCCCUCCCUGACUGGAAUAGCUCCUGGGGCACAGAUUGUUUCUGUAAAAAUAGGUGACUCAAGACUGGAUACCAUGGAAACCGGUUCAUCAAUGAUCAGAGGGUUAAUUGCUACACUGGAACACAAGUGUGAUCUUAUAAACAUGAGUUAUGGUGAAUCAGCAAGGUGGCCUAAUGCUGGUCGAGUGAUUAACAUGAUGAAUCAAAUUGUCAAUGACCAUGGAGUAAUCUUUGUAACAAGUGCUGGAAACAAUGGUCCUGGUUUGUCCACUGUUGGUGCUCCUGGUGGAAUGUCUAGCUCUCUUAUAGGUGUUGGAGCAUAUGUUUCUUCUGAUAUGAUGGCUGCUGAGUAUUCAUUACUGGAAAAGUUGCCUGGUAACCAAUAUACCUGGUCAUCAAGAGGACCAGCUACUGAUGGACAGCUAGGUGUGUGUAUUACUGCCCCUGGUGGUGCUCACGCGAAUCAGAUUUGUCGUGUAGAUGUCACGUCGAGGCUUCAAUCAGAGGAAAUUCUACCUUGCGUUACACUGAAGACUCACGCACAYCCAAUCAGGCCUAGUGAAUAUAAAAUCGUCCCUCUUGGUGAGCGCGAUGUUUUGCCAAAGAAAGGACAAAUCUAUGCGCUGAAUCUGACUUACAACUUCUCAACGUCCAAAGCAUCGGAAAUCUUCAUCAAUGCCGUUUAUCUCAGUGAACUUCUUUACGAAUCUGAAUACGAAGCACAGUUGUGGAUUUUGUACGACGGAAACAAAAGAAGAAUAAACUGUGGAGAUGCUUUUCCUAACAGGUACUGUACAAAAGUGGAAAAAGGAGACUAUGUCAUAAAAUACCAGGUUCGUCAUGACAACAAAGAGCAGCUGGAAAAAUUAAAAGACAUGUUGGUAUUAGUGGAGACUAAACUUACCCCCACACUAUCCCUGGACGUGCACCCAUCGCACCUCUCUAGCAUGACGGGUGGAAAGUUCAAUUCAGUCACCAUUCACAAAGGGAGAAGAUUGCCUGUAUUCAUCUCGCCUUUUCCUGACGACAAAAUCCCCAAGGGUGUUAAACCCGGCCAUUUGCUAAGAGGAACGAUCACUUAUUUGAAGAAUGACCCUGGAAAAAAGGUGGACAGUUAUCCUCUCGAGUAUGUCGUCCCUGCUUCAGUUACAAAAUCAAGCAACAAAUCCAACAAUACGCAAAAGCAGGAAAAGAAGCCAGAGCAACAGCUCGAAGAGGAGAUUAGGGACUUGAAGAUCAGCUAUCUUUCAAAAAUGGACUCCCUUUGGGACGAGCUGCUGGCAGAGCAUGGUGACUGGAGACCACUCUURACUGAAAGGCUAAAAUCACUCGAUACGUCAAAGGAUCGACUCAAAAACCUUCAGGAGAUCGUCAACGUCGCUGAUAAAAUCGUAAGCAUGAUUGAUCAAGUUGAGUUGGCUAGUUACUACGCUAUAAAGACCGACGUCAGACCAAAUGCUGCAACCAUCAAAAGUGAGAAUGAUGCGCUGAAGACUGCGUUGAUCGAUGCUUUAACUCGUAAGGGCUGUMCCUUGGCUGACAUGAUCCUUUUACAACAUAAUGGCACUACUCAAGAAGAGACUGAAAAAAAACAGACCGAAGAGCCUGCCGGUAAAUUAGUUGAAACACUUCAAGCAACCUACACUGAGAUUCAUAAAUGGGCAGAUGGCAGCGACAGCAAGAUUGCUGACUUUUUAAUCAAAAAUGCUGAGGCUCAGCAGAACUAUGGCACCGCYCUAAAACUUCUUCUGAAGUCAGAGGGAACGCCGGUCAGAGCUAACGACGAAAAGAUUAUCGAGAUAUGUACUAAGCUUGGAUGGGAUCACUGUGUCKAAUUUCUUCAAGAGAGCCUUCUUAUAAAGUACCCACAAAACUAUGAACUGUUCUGAUAAAGUGCGACGUAAAUUGGCAUGCUACGGAUCCCUGGAGAACAGUUUUCAACCGAACACACUUCACUUAUUUUCKUAUCAAUAAUUGUCAAUUUGAAAGUCUGCACGAGGAUUUAUGGCACAGGUAUCCUGCUAACAAUUGACUAUAGAGGCUUGUUUCGACAGUAUACACCGUAUAAACUAUCUGGAUUUCUACAGUUUUUUUCCAAUUAAUUGAAGUAUUUCACCGUAUUUAUUCUAUUGUUACAGUAUCACAUUGGUSCAAGAAGGGGAGGUGUGGGGGGUAGUUUCUUACCGUGAAAAGGAGAAAACAAAUUAGCAGGGCUGGUCUUGCAAUUAUUUUAGUUUGCCUUAGGGGCAGUUGUCGCUGGUGKAAGAAGAUGCCUUUUUUCUUUGGACUAAACAAAUUAGUCAUUUGGUUAAACUUAUUUGUUUUGCCGUAAGGAUAAUGGAAGGUUAAGCCUGUAAAUCAGUUUAUCUUUCAAGAAUAAAAGCAAAGUUGAUUUUUUUUUCUUGACCUGGAGGACCAAACGUUUUUUUAUAAAGAUGAAGUAUAACAAUGAUUCUGGAUAUAGAAUGUAUCACAUGUAAGUGUUUUAAAAUUUUCAAUGAACAACCCGCAAGUUGUUUUCGAAAGGUUUUUAAAAUAUUGUAACUCCCCCACGUGGUAAAUUAACAGUAUCACUCAAAAUAAUAAMGAUAAUAAAGCUUUGUUUCCAA